CACGCGCACAAUACACAUUCCCAGGUAAACAAGAUCCCUAUGGCGGCUGUGCUAACCGGAGGAUUCAGUCUGAAAAAGAGGUUUAUCGUUAGUUUGUUCGCAGUGUUUGUAUUCCUCGUGCGCGGUGCAUCUGAUGAUGUCAGGGUAGUCUCAGUGUCAGUGAUGGAGGGAGAUUCAGUCACUCUACACACUGAUGUUAAAAUAAACCAAUGGAAACGAGUUAAAUGGUAUUUUAAUAACACUUUCAUCGCUCAAAUCAGUGGAGAUCUCAGUAAGACCUGUACAGAUGUUCAGUGUAAUAAUGCCACUGAGAGAUUCAGAGACAGACUGAAGCUGGACAAUCAGACUGCUGACCUAACGAUCAUAAACAUCAACGCCUCAGAUAAGGGAGUUUAUCAUCUAAAGAUCUUCAACUGCACACACCCUGGAAAGGAUUUUGAUGUUGUUGUCUAUGAUGACUCUGCUGCCGGUGUGAAGAGAAAGUCAGUGGCGGUGGGAGAAUCUGUCACUUUAGACACUCGUAUAGCAAAAAGCCCAAAUGAUACAGUGACGUGGUAUUUUAAUGACAUUCUCAUCGCUGAAAUCACUGGAGAGCAGAGUAAGAUCUGUGAAGAUGAUCGAUGUAAAGAGGGAUUCAAAGACAGACUAACAGUUGAUCAGACUGGAUCUCUGACCAUCACAGACGCCAGAAGCACAGACUCUGGACUUUAUAAACUACAGAUCAACAGCCGCAGAAACCGCUACAGUACCAGCAGCAUUAAGAGCUUCACUGUGUCUGUUACUGAUUCAGGUCUGUCUUCAGCUGCUAAAACAGGAAUAUUUGUUGCUGUUACUGUUUUGGUUCUGGUGAUAAUUGCAGCUUUUGUUGUGAUUUACUAUCGCCACAGGAGCUCCAUAAAGGAUGAAGGAAGCCCUCGUGAUCGGAGAAGACCCCAACACAGAGCCGCUACCAACAAGGGGCAUUUGUCGGUUCUGAAUAACAGUGCCGCCUCUUUCCAUCCUCUCCCUGAAAACGAAAGUGAACCCGAAUAAAACAAUCGCAUGCUUUCUUGAGCCUCAGCAAAUGCACACUGCACACGGCACAUUUGGUCAUUUGGGCACCCUCUAGAAAUCUAAAAUAAAUAUUAAUCAUCCAUUACUGUAACCAUACGGUAGAUCGUUUUAGCUAUGUAUAUGCCUUCAAUUAUGUGUUUUAAUGAUUUCAUAUUUGCAGCUUAUAAAACUAGAGUACAUUUAUUCGUUUAUGGAAGCAUCUUUAUUUUAGCUUCUGGAAAGAGCCUCCUCGAUAUAAUGUAACCAGCUGGUACUUUUUAUCUUCAUCCUCAGAGGACUAUUGUUCUGCUUUAUAUAUUUGCUCUUGUAGCAUUCAGCUUUGUUGCUAAAAUGCUUCAUGAGCAUUAGGAAGAGGGAAACACACUUGACUGAUUGUUAUCAGUCAAUGCUUCUGUUAAAGCCACUUUAACAUCAUCAGUAACAAAAUACACAUUAAUUAUCUCCAUUCAUGUUGUUCACAGUGCAUCAUGGGCUCCUAUUUCUUCUUAAAAGACAUCAAGUAGCUUGUCAUAUACUUUUGUUUUUCCGUUUUCAUGUGCCAUUUUUCUUUAAAACAAAGUUUGUAUUAUUAUGAUUCAGAUCAGAGCUGUUUUUUUGGUUUGUUAGAUUUGCACAUGAACUGGAAAAAUACUGUAUCUAUAUUUACGGAUAAUCCACCUUAUUUUUAAUUGGCACAUCCAUUUGUGAAUGUGUGAGGUUUCUGGUUCAUUUUUUCAGUAAUUCAGAUGUGUAUGGACUAUAAGUGACCACCCUAAUAAUAAACAUGCUGGUUAAUAAUGUAAUAAUAGCUUUAAUGUUUAAUGCACUUUGUUAUUGUGGUUGGCUGUCACUUUUGCACUCUUAUUUGUAUGUUCUUUUCUACUGAGAUGAAUUAUUUUUUAUAAAACAGGCAAUAAAUGUAACGCUAUGUGGUGAAUUUAAAUAAACUGUUGAAAAGAUA